GGGCGUCCCAAGCGCGCACUUGUCGGCAGCAGUCUUCGUUUCGUAUUCCAAGCCGAAAACACGUAACUCUGACAUAAGGCUUGUCACCGGUGUGUAUCACGCGCGUCAUCCGGCAAACGUGGACCUUCAGCGAACAUCUCUUUAAACGAAGAGACAAAGCUUUUUACGAGCUUCGAUGAUAGAUAGACGCUCGUUGCAUGGCACGUGAAAAGUGAACAUUUUUUUCGUGACAUUUUGACGCUUGGGACACGGCGAUUUAGGAUGCACAAUUGGACGGACAUAAUUUUUUACAAAAUUUUCACAUAAGCUCUGCGUGAAUGAGAAAUCGCGCCGGAGAUUGUUCGCAGGCAGCGAGUAGUGUUGUAACACUCGUUUCUGUCAGAGUCGCGAAGACGAGUGUUUUUGGAGUAGUUGCGAGUGAGUCGAGAGACUUUAUUGGGGGGUGAACCGAUAGAAUGCGAAUGCGGAUCUUAUAUUCGUGACAUCGGAUUUAUUAAUCGGAUAUCGGUGAUGCAGCUACAUGCUGGAAGGAGGAAGGGGAUGAUUGUUCAUUUUCUAUCGAGGAUGGUGGCGGUUUUUAUUUUCGCUUGUCUUCUUCUGCAGAAUGGUCGAUCAACAUUCGCAGCAUAUACCACUGUUUCCACCAUCCCUGAUCCUCAAUUUGUCGACGAAAUAGGAAAUAUUACGGUACCGGCGGGACGAAAUGUCAAACUGGCGUGCAGCGUGAAAGAUCUCGGAUCGUUUAAGGUGGCCUGGAUGCUUUUCGACAAGAGCGCUAUCCUGACGGUACAGAAUCACGUUAUUACCAGGAACCCCAGAAUAUCCGUGUCGCACGAUAAGCACAGGACCUGGUUCCUACAUAUCAACGACGUGCACGAGGAGGACAAGGGAAAGUACAUGUGCCAGAUUAACACUGCCGCCGCCAAAACGCAAUAUGGCUAUCUACACGUUGUAGUGCCACCGAACAUCGACGAUUCGCAAAGUUCGUCGGACGCAAUCGUUCGCGAGGGCGCCAAUGUGACUCUCACCUGCAAAGCGACCGGAAGUCCAACGCCUAGUAUUCGUUGGAAACGAGACGACGGUUCCAAGAUAUCGAUCAACAAAACUUUAUCCGUGGCGGAAUGGGAAGGUGAAACACUGGAAAUGGCAAAGAUUUCGAGACUGGAUAUGGGUGCAUAUUUAUGCAUUGCUAGCAACGGCAUACCACCCACAGUCAGCAAGCAGAUUAAAGUUUCGGUCGACUUCCCCCCUAUGCUAUGGAUACCGCAUCAAUUGGUCGGCGCGCCCUUGGGCUACUCCGUUACGCUGGAAUGCUAUACCGAGGCUCAUCCGACUUCUUUGAAUUACUGGGCGAGGGAGGACGGUCUAAUGAUUCACGAGAGCAGUAAAUAUAAAGCUACGUCGUCGCCCGACAGGCCCUCUUACAAGACGCAUAUGACGCUCACGAUAUCCAACAUACAGAAAGACGACUACGGUAGCUACAAGUGCAUCGCCAAGAACCCACGUGGAGAAACCGACGGAACGAUUCGUCUGUACAUGUCCGCACCACCUAGCACCAGUCCUAGUCCGUCUACCACGGAGAUCAUCAAGAAAGAUUGGGAUUUCAUGGUGGAGAUGAAUAACUCUGUUUACGGAAAUCCAAGUUCGCUGACAAUUCAUAAUGAGAAGAAUAUCAAGACAGGUACCAAGUUCCAAUCGAAUCUUAACGAAAUCGGAAGAUCGGAGCAAAAAUUGUCCGAAUUGGAUAGGAAAAGAAAUUACAACUGGCCUCCUGAUAAGGAUUCAGCAACGAGCGUGACGACGACCGUGACGCUACUACUAAUUACUCUGGCCGUAACGAUAAUUCGAUAAACAAAACCUAAGUUUUCGUCGUUGAUACGCGAUAGGUGUUGAUUCUCCCUAAUUAAAGAACUCGAUUAAAGAAUAAAGAAAAGAAAAUUUUUUUUAGAAUUUAAACGAUACAUGAAGAACACACACACCAUACAUCCAUACAUUUGCACCAUUGUCAACCAUGCACACACGUACAAACACAUAAUUACACACGAGUGACACAAAGACUGACCGGGGUAGUUAAUGUUCGUAUUAAAUGACGGAGAAUAAUUUACGCGCGUGCCAAGUUAGUAUAGCGACAAAGAGUGGCCAAGAAUUGAAGGAGCAUGAAUUCCCCCACCGAUUCUCCUCAUUGUAAGAUUGCGUGUGUGUAUGUUGUAUUUGUCUGUUGUGUGUGUGCGUGCGCGCGCGCGCGCGCGCGCGUGUGUGUGUGUGUGUGUGUGUGUAUCCAUGAAUUCAGACGAGGGUGAGAUACGCAGCGAUGGACGGAACAACGAGAAUGAAGAAGGGAAGAUAUUAACAAAGUGCAACGACUAUCGCUUUCAGUGUAAUAUAUUAUAUAACGCUGUAAUCAAUGACGCCAACAACAAAUACCAGUGAUCCCGUCUCUGCGAGUGCAAUUUGGAAACGUGUGAGAAUGAGUCGUUAUAUUUUUUAACUGCAUCAUGGAAGAAUUUUAGUCGCGCGGUAAUCCCGGUAUUUCGGAAUAUCAAAACGAAACCACUCGAGCUUAAUAUUGGAUUAAAGUUUAUGACUGAGGAAAAAAGCCCCAUUCCCAAUGGGAUUUUGGACUAUUUUUAAAUUUCUAUACUUCUUCGAAAAAAAAAAACAUGAUUUCAUCUCUUUCAUUAGUAUGUAAUAAAGAUUUUCAAUUUUAUUGACAACGUGGAAGAGAAUUGCGUUUGAAAAUCAUUCGUCGUAAUAUGAUGUGUGUAUCCCGAGAGAACAAUCGUGCGGGAGUAUCGCGUUUCAAGCAGAAUUUAUUUUUUAUUACCAUCAAGUCUGACUCGAUUUCAGCUGCGAUGUAUUCCUUAAGCAUCGGCAACUUUUUUUUUUCGGAUAUAACUAAAACGUGAGAGAAAUAUGGCAUUGCGCGAGCGCGUAUUAUCUCCAGCAUCGAUUCUUCACUUCUUCCCUCCGCAGACACACCCUUUCUUCUGUUCUGCCAAGAGUACAUUCCAAAUUCUCUGAUUCCUUCUCAUUCGAGCCCUUACGUACGAAAUCAUGGAUCCCAUCUGGAUACUUGAGAUUAAAAUGUCAGAUUCGGUGCAGAGGAGUUGCUCUCGCUUAAGGAGACAGUCGAAAGAAGCACGGAGAGGACGGAAAAGGAAAAAAGAAAAUGGAAAAUUUGCGGCAGAGGAAAUAGAACGGAACGGAGAUAUGCUAUAACGAACAAUCGAGUCGUUCAUUGAUUGCAAGCAGUUUUUUUUUUCGAAGUCACAUAUAAAAUCAGAAGCAAGAUAUCAUAUGGAUCUUUCUUUGUUGUCAUUAAAAUAAAUUGAUUCUUCUGCGUGUCAAAAUCCAUACCCGAUAUAAAAGAAUGUGCCGAAACCUUCUCUAUUACGUUACGGAUUAGUGAAUAGACAAAAAUCCCUUUUUUAUUAUCACACUACAUCGUAAAUACAAAUGUGAGACAGGUGUAAAUGUUUACAGGUUUGUUUAAUAAUAAAAGAUGUUAUAAUAGGUUUUAGCACACUUUAUCAUUACACAUGUAGCAGCGUUAUCGCGACACGUGAGGUAUACAAUAGACAUGCGAAGAAGACCAGACACAUCUGACGUCAUAAUCGCAGAUAAGUGUGCGUAUGAUUUUGAGUAUAUCAUUAAAAACUUAUCUUUUAUUACCUGUCUUUUAUUAUAUUUGUUAUUUUUGUGCACACGCAAAGAAAUGUUCUUGUAAGAACAUUGAUUGUUCUAAACGUACAUAAUAAAACAAAUCGACAGAUAUGCAUUUCAUAUUCACACAUCAACGUGGAGAUUUUUUGCAAAAAUUUAUUCGCGGGAUUAAAGAAUUGAUUGAAAUUUGUUCGAAAGGUGAUCGAAUCCCGUUUCACCACGCCGUUACGUCGCGCGAUCAAUUUGUUUACGCGUUAAUUGAUCAAAUUGGGAUUUGUUCGCAGACAGUUGCGAGCGGCUGCCACAUCGGUUUUAAGCGGGCUUCGAACUACUUAGAAAUAUCCAUUAUUCAGCGUACAUCUUGUUUAAAGCAACAGGUUCGAGAGUCCCUGCACUCUGCGAGCAAAGGAGUUAAUGCCCGCUACGGAUUAAAGAAGGGAACGGCUCGACUUAGGGAUUACGUAGGACUUACCCUGAUGAGGUCUGUAAUCGUAUCAUUCGCGAGACUACCUCUCGGUCUUGUAACAUUUUAAGAGUCAUAAGUAUGAGAAAGAUCACGCGCUCGCGUCGCGUCACGUCGCGCCGCAGUUUUCGCGGUGCGAUGUAAGUAAUCUGCAAAUCUUAUCGCGACGAAUUCGAAUCUUGAUCUGCUCAACGCAAACUAAUGAUUGUUUCCCUGACUGUCGAAUGAAAUAUUUAGCGCGUUUACGCAUUAAAUUAACCGGCAUUAAAAAAAUAUUAUACGUGCAUUGUAAGCGGUUCGACCUUGGUAAAAUAAAAUUAUGAAAGUUUAGAAAAGAGCAGUUUAGAAAAAAAAAAGGAUGAUGACAGAAAUGUUUCAUAAUCUAGACUGCAUUUAAUAAUAAUAUUUAAAUAUAUUUUUAAAAUGCAUUUUUAUAUUUAGCAUGAAAAUGUAUGUAAAAAUGUGUUAUAUGUAAAUUAUUAUUAGUACUAUCUUUUUCAUAGAUUUAUUCAGUUCAAUCUUUUAAUUGUUUUACGUAACUUUGGCAGGAAAACAAUUAUAAAUACUUUACAAGUUUUCUGUGAAAGAUAAUUGUACUCGAUGCGGGGCGCAGCGUGAUGUCAUUUAUUUUAAAGCAUUAAUAGGCACGGCCGAUUAUUUUUUUUUUUAAUUUUAUUCUAAUGACUUUAAUCAGUCAUAAAGCUACGUAUGUAUACACAUAUAUAAAUGCGCGGAUCAAUAAACAUAGUAUGUUCUAUAAUUUUGCACGAGACGUAAAGAUUGUCGAAAUAGUGAGAGUUUAAUAUUUUAAAUAGUUUCAUCUCCAUAAAAAAAUCAAAAAUUUAGCCGCAAAAUAAGAAUAAGUCGGUCGUGCCAAAAAAAAACUCGAAAGACGUCAUCGAGAAUCGAUUUCUGCCGUUAAUUCACAUAGAGCUCGCAUAGAGCUCACAUAUGUAUGUACGUGGAUAUACCCGCGUGUAUGUGAUUGUGCACGUUGUGUAAAGCAACAGUGAUUUCUCGUGCGUAACGUGCGUAAUGCCAUUUUCCGUUAGCGUCGUUCAGACGCGACGUAUUUUUUUUCCGAUUCCGGAUCUCGGCUGAAUCAUGAAUCUAAACCGCAAAACGCGCCAAAAAUUUGGAAAAUUCACAAAAUUAUUGCGAAUCACCAGUUGACCGAAAGAAUGGGAGAAAUUAACUGAAAUUAUAAAAUAAUUUUCGAAGGUAAAAAAAAAAACAGUCUCAUAUCACAGACAAAGACUUAUAAUUAAAAUCGCGACUGGCUAAGGGAAAAUGGCGACGCGAAUUAUUCAAAUUAUCGGUCUAAGGGUGCUCGAAUGUUGACUCGUCUUAACGACGAAUCCUGUAAAUAUACAAGUAUACAAGUGAUAAGGAUUACACGUAGAGUAAGCUUCGCAGACUGCGGUAAAUAGUGUGCGGCGUGUCGCGUACGCCGACGUGUCAUUAAUCUGUUUUUCCGUUUCUUUUUUUUGUUGCAAUUUUCGCUUUUCAGUUCAUUCGUACGCCAUCGUUCCCCGCACGGAGAAACUCCCCGCGCAAAAGGGUAAAAUCUUAGCGAGUGAUAUUUUCACCUAAUGAGUAAUAUACGAAUCGACGUGAAAAAUUCGCCGUCUCAGCGUUAUAAGCGCGCGACGAGACAUAUUAAACGCGAAGGUAUAUAUGUAUACAUGACACGCAGAUUAUAAAUAUGAAAAUAUAAAUAUAUAUAUAUAUAUAUAUAUAAAUAUAAAUAUAAGAAUUACGGGGGACUAUAUAUAUAUGUUAUAUAAUAUAUUAUGAUAUGCUUUGCGAUGUUGAGUUGAAUGUUGUUAUUUACAAAAAAAAAAAAAAAAACAAGAAGAAACGAGAAGUUCUUAUGAAUAUUCUCGACAUAUGUAAUAAAACAAGGGGUUACGUAAGAACUCUACAAAUCA